CAUUCAUCCUUAGUUAUUACAUGCUUACAUAUGUAUCCUCCUGAGAAUAUAACUAUUCCUGCUCGGUGAGCUCUCCUGCCUGUCUCCAUGCGAGCAUUAAACCCGCCUUGCGUGCUGCCCGCGUCAAAUGCAACCGGCGUUAAAAGUCAUAUAAGAGCUCACUACGCUCAUCAGCUCCCGACUACAGCGCCUGGCCAGCGGCUUCAUGGGUUGCGCCCCGUCGCAGCGCUGCCAGACGGCGAUGGCGGAGCGACUGCCAAGGCCGUCGAGAUUGUAACGGAAGCCCUGCCGGCCUCCACGGCGGAGGCAGUCGACCAAGUGACGGCUGUGGAGCUAACGCCGUCGCCCCUGGCGGAGUCUCUGGCGGAGGCGGUGGGCGCCGCCGCCAGCGCCAAGGCCGUACAGGUGCAGCAGGCUGCGGAGCAGGCCGCUGCCGCGCUGACGGCGGAGGUCCUGGAGCGGGAGGUGGGGCGGAGGCGCAACUUUGCCAUCAUCUCGCACCCUGAUGCCGGCAAGACCACGAUGACGGAGAAGCUGCUGCUGUACGGCGGCGCCAUUCACGAAGCUGGGGAGGUCAAGGCACGCAGGUCCUCCCGCUCCGCCACGUCAGACUGGAUGGAGCUUGAGAAGCAACGUGGUAUUUCCAUUACCUCCACCGCCCUCACCUUCGAGUACAACGGUUGCCAACUGAAUCUGUUGGACACGCCGGGACACCAGGACUUCUCUGAGGACACGUACCGCACACUGGCUGCUGCCGACAAUGCCGUACUGCUGGUGGACGGUGCCAAGGGUAUUGAACCGCAGACCCGGAAGCUGUUCGCGGUGGCUCGCUUGCGAGGCCUGCCCGUGUUCACAUUCGUCAACAAGAUGGACAGACCCGCGCUCAAUGGCUUCGAAAUAGUGGAGCAGUUGGAGAAGGAGUUCGGCUUGCAGAGCUACCCGGUAAACUGGCCCAUUGGCUCGGGUGACCGCUUCGUGGGUGUGUACCACCGGCCCAGCAAAAAGGUGGUGCUGUAUGAGAAGAGGGGUCUCGCUGGGCGCAGUAAGGGCGCCACGAAGACCGAGUACGACAUGGACGAUCCAGAUCUACGGCAGCUGGUGGAACCUGAUUUGUGGGAGCAGCUGCAGGAGGAUGUGGAGCUGCUGGAGGUGUUGGGGGAUGAGUUGGAUCUAGAGGAGGUCAUGGCCGGCAAGGUGACCCCUGUGUUUUUCGGGUCGGCGAUGAACAACUUCGGAGUGGAGCUUUUCCUGCAGACCUUCAUACAGCUGGCAUCCAAGCCUGGUCCCGCUCAGACCCGCAGCGGCGUGGCUGUGUCCCCCACAUCCCCCAACUUCACCGGCCUGGUGUUUAAAUUGCAGGCCAACAUGGAUCCCAAGCACCGGGACAAGGUGGCGUUCGUACGGGUGGUUUCUGGCAAGUUCGAGAAGGGCAUGAAGCGGAUGUUCGCCAACGAGCGGCAAACCGUACAGGAGGGUUUUGCGGGUGCCUUCGCCAUCGGCGACACGCUGGUGACUGGCCCCACACUCGCCUUCCCGCCCAUCCCCACGUUCUCUCCGGAGCUGUUCGCCUACCUGCGCUGCCCGCCCAACCAGAAGAAACCCUUCCUGAAGGGGGUGGAAGGUCUGUUAGGAGAAGGCGCCGUACAGGUGCUGUACAACACGGAUGACUACAUCACGGAUCCCGUACUGGCAGCCGUCGGGCAACUGCAGUUUGAGGUGGUGCAAUACCGGAUGAAGGACGAAUACGGCGUCGAUACGACAUUGGAGCCCUUGUCGUACACAGUCGCACGCUGGGUCAAGGGCGGAUGGGCGGCGCUGGAGGACGUGGGGCGGCUUUUCAACACCACUAUCAUGAAGGAUGUGUACGGCAGGCCCGUACUGCUCUUCCGUAAUGACUUUGCGCUGCAGCAGGUCCUCGGAGAGCAUGCGGACAAGCUGGGAGAGCUAAAUCAGACCGGCAAUUCGUUUGAGGAUGGAACGCACAAAACCGUAGUUCACACCACGGCCACCACACCAGCACCAGCACCACAGCCCCUGUGCGCCAGCAGCACCAGCAGCCUCAACCCGGUACCGCACCGCACCACCGCGGAGGAACGACGACCUCCUCCGAAUCUCCUCCUCCUGCUCCUCCUGCUGCUCCUGCUCCUGCUGUUCGUGUUCCUGCUGCUGCUUGUGGUGGAGUUUGUGGUGCUGGCGAAGGUGGCGUUCAAACCAGGCCCCGAGGCAUCCCCCUAA